CAUUUUCUUCUGCUGCAUCGUCUAAAGCGCAAUGCACUGCAUUGCGAUUUUGCUUGCCACCGCCUGCUUUGGGUUGAUAAACGGAAACCGCAAUUGUACAAACUGUGGGCCCGAAAAAUGCGGCGACUUGGAAGAACCAGCGGUCGAAAAGGACCAGAAGGACCACUUCUGCAGGCCUUCCCUCACGCCCUCCUGGGAGCUGCAGAAGUCUCGUAGAUGUGUUUGCAAGAAAGGCUUCGUCCGGAACUCCUGGGGAGAGUGCAUUUCCAAGGCACACUGCUGGCGAUGUAAGCUGCGCCAGUACAAGGACUGGCACACGUGCGCGUCUGGUUGCCCGGCGAGAUGCGGCGAGCCGUUGGAGAGGUCCUGCCGCAAAAAAUGUAAACCGAGAUGCGACUGCCCCCCGGGCUUUGUGGUACACCCAAAGUUCCGCAGCAAGUGUGUCAAGGCGGAUACGUGUCCGCCGAGAUGUCCACUCAACUCGUCAUUCAAGCCCUGCGUCUCAAACUGCGAGCCAAAGUGCAACGGAAAGCCACCCGAGAGAUGUGUCAACCGUUGCGACACGGGCGGCUGCGUCUGCAACAGAGGAUACGCCUAUUUCAUUAGAAACCACCAAAAGAUAUGUGUGCUUGAGUCGGCGUGUGCCUUGUACGCUCCCCCACCACUGUCUUUCACGUCGAAAGAAAUCGAGUCCGCGGGUCAAGAAGGCUUUCGUGGCCCCGCGAACCGCCCGGGUGGUGCAGGAAGACGCAGAGGAGGAACGCGUUCGCGCGGUGAUGCAACAGGUCCAGACGAAAAUCUUUCGUUAGGUAUCCCACGGCCUGGCCCCACAGCUGUCGGUUUGCGCUUAGGCAGUGCUCACCCAGGUGGUAUGCCAGGAUUAGGCGGGGCUGCUCACGGUGAAAGUGAAGAAGCCGGACAUCUGCCUUUCCCCAGAGAGCCUGUAGCGGCGCCUCCACAUAUAUUCCGAGCACACACACAGCCGCCACGUCCCGGUGGUCUUCUUCCAGCUGGUACCAACCGACAGCCAAUACGCAAUUUCUCAGUUCCAAGGAAUGGCGCUAAUACAAACUCACUUGGUACAGCCUCACGCGCUGGUUUAGGAUCUGUCGGAGCUGGUCUCGGUGUAUUAGGAGCCGGGGGCUCGCUUUCACGUGGUACAGAAAGACAUGGUGGGGCAGGCAUUGGAAUUCAUCCAUUAGGUAUGCCUUCAAAUGAUGCAUCAAGACAUGGCGGGACUAGUGGUCAUGAACGUUCAGAAAGUGCACGCCCACCUGUUCAUACAGGACCUGGCGGCCUAGGUGUCGGUAUAGAGGGGGAGGGCUUAUUGUCAUCUAGUGCUGAAAAUCCAGAGGAAACUCUCGGAUUAGGUACGACACCACGUGGUCCCGCUGGUAUAAAUUUGCGCUCAGAGGAUGGUCACCCAAACGGUAGGCUGGGACUAGGCGGUGCCGGUGUUGAGGAAAGCGAAGAAAGUGCACCUUUUGCUGGUGGGCCUGGGGCGGUUCUUCCAGAUGUCUUCAGAACGCAUGCGCAGCCACGAGGUACCGGGGGCCACUUCCCAAGUUUAACAGGCGUAAACCCGUCCCAUGGUGCCUCAUUUGGUGCCAUAGGACCACGUGGUAGUGAUGUAGAUAUUGAAGUAUUCGGUACACCACCGGGUAGGGGUUUAGGACAUGUGGAAAAUGACAUAGAAAGAUUAGCAGAAGUAGGCAGGCGGUCAGGUGCUUUCGGACGAGGGGGUGACGGCAUUGGAUUUCCGCCAUCGGGCACGCCAUCACCCGUUUCCCGAAGCUUUAGGAGGAGCAGUGAAGAGAGCGACGAGCGCGCACAGCCAUCUGUUUCAAAUGUACCUGACGGAUCUAGUGUCGGUUUAGAAAGGGUGGGUACAUCCUCAAAUAGUAGCGAAAGCCACCGUUGGGGCAGCACAGAAUCAAAUUUAGCGGGAAAUCAUUCAUUAGAUAUCUCAAGAAACGAAACGGGUGGUGCCGGUGCGGGCAGUGAGGGUUCGACCCUGGGUGGUCCGGAAGAACUUGGCGGGCCAAAUAGUGGAGAAAGCGAAGAAACUGCAAGUAUACGUAGCAGCGUUAGGCUAGGAGGGGCCACUGUAGGCAUUGGUACAGGGUAUGACAGAGUGCGUGGUUUCAACUGGGAUCACCCGUAUGGCACAGGAACAGAUUCAUUUGGUACUCCAGUACUUGGUAGGGAGCGAUAUGGCAUUGGCGCUGUGGGUAGAGGCUCCAUUGGUGCUGGUUCACACGGCAUUCUGCGGUAUCGUGGCGCCGGUGUUGGAAUGCAUGAAGCGGGUACACCAUCAGAAUAUGCAGCUGAAUAUGGUCGACCUGGAUUCCCAUUUUAUCCACCUGGGACAAUUACGCCCGACUCAGCAGAUCUUGACGAAAUCAGACUUGAUGAUAGCGGGGAAUAUAUACGCCCAUCUCUUUCUAUGGAGUCUCGCAUGGGUCGCAUGCUCGUGGGACAUGGAAGUAGACGAUUGACUCCUAUUGAAGGACAUUUCCCCGCUGGUCUGGGAUUGCAUAUGGCAGCUAGACUCCCAUAUGAGAGUGCGUCAUUUGGUCGGGAUGGAGUUGGUAUAAAUUCAGAGGUUUCUUCAAGAAUCCAUAGACAGUCGGUUAAUGCUGGGAGCAGUGUCGGAAUACAUCGAGAAGAUGGUUCCUCGAGCCCUAUCGCGCGAUACGGUGGCAGUAGUUUGGAAAUCAACCCAUUUGGUUUUGCCACACCAGGUCGCGCAACAUAUGGUGGGGAAGAGUUUGAGUUCAGCCAAGGGGAUGCAGUCUCCCGUGCUACGACAGGAUAUGAUCGGGAGAGGCUACUGCCUACAGGAACCCCUGCUCUAGCAAGACAUAUACAUUCUGGUUUUCGAUUUCUGCCAAGGACUGACACCUCAGGCAUUAGAGCGAGGAUGAAUGUGCCUCAGUUAAUGCCUGACCCCCGCGAUUCACCGUUACGCGCUACAGCAACACUAAGUGAUAACCGCCCGGGCCUUUACCAUAGUAGGACGCUCCCGCGUGGUGCCUCUGGAUACCAUGGAGCACUGCCACACUUUCAGACAGGGGGUGCCUACAUACCUCGAAACGCCGAAUAUGAGCUGGCCAGUGUGAGCGUGGCUGCAUAAUGUACGCACUCGGCUAAGCGAGCAGCAAUUUCUCCACUCGUUAGUAAAUAUUAUCGAGGUGUCGCCAGAUUCGCUACCACUCAGAGCUGACUGGUAGCCAUCCUGACUAGGGUGCGCUUGCCGCACUUCUGAAUACAGGCGCUAGAAGUAUUCACAUCACGUAUUAUGCCAGCUUACCAAUAAAUUUGAAUCGCUGCUUGUAUUUGAAUUGCAAACCUUUUCUCUGCUUUGCUGGCAACAUAUAAUCUGUGCUGACUCUCUCAAUAAGAAGAACUUGCAAACAGUUGAAGACAAGAUGUGCCUUGGAGUGGAAAAAUAUUAAAUAAACGUAACUGUGGGAUGACCUCAA